CUUCGCUCCGCCCCCCUCCCGCCCCGCCAAUCACGGCGCGAAGCCGCCGCCGCCAUUUUAGUUGCGGGCAGCGCCCUGAGCAGGUGCGAGGAGCGGAGGUUUCAGGUCUCAGCCAGAUGGGCCACGGGCCUGGCUCUGUUGCGGAUACGCACGUGCCGAAAGGAGAACCCAAGCAAGGACGUAGAGAUAAAUGCCAUCUACUUCAGUACUGACGUAAAGGUCUGCAGAUUCCCAGGAUCCACAUCCAGAGAACUCCUAGCAGUAAAUGUGUACCAGGCUGCCUUCUCCGGAAUGAUUGCUUCCUGCACAGGCUGGUGACAGGCAAGCAGAAGGGCUGGGAUGCAGAUGAAAGGAGAAAGUCUUCAACCCCACAGUGGUCCAGACAUCACGUGAAGAGACACUGGAGCUGCAGAGAAGGGGAUUCACACCCUGCUGCUCCAAGGACAAACCUUCACACGCCAUGGCCCACACUGCAUCCCUCGAGCGUAAAAGCUCCAUGACAGAAACAACAACUCAGGGCACAGAGGCUGCUGGAGGUGAAUUUUGGCUGCUGCUGGUACAGGGUGCUGUCGGUCUGUCCCCUGCCAGCAUCCUGCUGCUACCCACCAGCUUCCCUGAAUCCAUCGUCUCUUUGAGCCGCUUGCCCAGCUCGGAGCCUGAGGCCACCAUGGCCCGCAGCAUGUCCCCCGUAGCCAGGUGGCAGACGCAGUACGUCUCAGCCAGCUUCGGAGCCUGCAGGAAAGGACAGACAGAAGGAUCCCCGUGCACGCGAUGCACGCGCAGCCACAAGCAUCCUCAGAGCAGGGCCGGGCUGCAAGCAGGCUCGCAGCUCUGCGCCGGCCGGCUGGGGAUGAGCUACCAGCACACCGAGGACACGUGUGUUGCACGCUUAGAAGCCAUACCCUACUGGAGCAGGCUUUACAGUAGUGUUGUCACAGCUUGACCAUGAACGGAUACUUGAGUGAAUCCAAUUUCAUGAUGGUGGACGAGGGCUUCACCAGCAGGGACCUCCUGGAGAGCACCCUCGUGGAGCUGUGCCAGGCAAGCGACCGGCAAGCCUUCUUCGUGGCAGACCUCGGGGACAUUGUGAAGAAACACCUGCGUUUCCUGAAGGCCUUACCCCGGGUGAAACCCUACUUCCCUGUGAAGUGCAACAGCAGCGGAGGGGUGAUACGGCUGCUGGCUGAGCUGGGGGCCGGCUUUGCCUGUGCCAACAAGGCAGAGAUUGCAGAGGUUCAAAGCAUUGGGGUCCCAGCUGACAAGAUCUUCUACAGCAGCCCUUGCAAGCAGGUUGCCCACAUCAAAUAUGCAGCCAGCCACGGUGUGCAGCUGAUGACCUUUGACAAUGAGGUGGAGCUGGGCAAGGUGGCCCGGAGUCACCCGCAAGCCAGGAUGCUUUUGGGUAUUGCUGCUGACUCCAGCCCCUCUGCCCAUCCAAGCAUGAUGUUUGGGGCCACGCUGGAGUCCUGCCGACGCCUGCUGGAGUCAGCAAAGGAGCGGGCUGUGGAGGUUGUUGGCAUCAGCUUUCACCUUGGGAGCCGCAGCCUGGAGCCCCAGGUUUUUGCCCAGGCUGUCGCAGAGGCGCAGCUGGCUUUUGACAUGGGCGCAGAGCUGGGCUAUCGAAUGCAUGUCCUGGACAUCGGAGGGGGAUUUCCUGGCACCGAGGACACCAGAGCCCAGUUUGAGGAGACUGCUGCUGUGAUAAACUCUGCAUUGGACAUGUAUUUCCCAGAAGGCUGUGGGGUGGAGAUUAUUGCAACACCAGGGCGAUACUAUGUCACCUCAGCCUUCACCUUUGCAGCCAGCAUCACCGCCAAGGAAGAGGUUUCCACGGAGCAGCCAAGCUCUGAUGGGGAAGAGUCUGGAAGCAAGAGGAGCCCUGUCUAUCACCUCAGCGAUGGCAUCUACGGCACCUUCAGCUGUGUCCUGUUUGACAGUCCCUGCCCCAAGCCUCUGCUGCACAAGGUGAAGACCUGGCCUGGCUUGGGGAGAGCCCUGCAGAGUAGUGUGAAGCCCUGCCCAGAGCACUCCUUGUGCAGCAGCAGCCUCAGGGGUCCCCUGGAGCAUGCAGAGGACCAGAUUAUCGAUGACGUGGAGCUGCCCAAGCUGCAGGAUGGGGACUGGCUGAUUUUCCAGGACAUGGGUGCCUACACCAUCGCGACUUCGUCCCUGUGCGGUGGGUGUCCCCGGCCACACAUCACCUAUGCCAUGUCCCGCCUGGCCUGGAAGGCCCUCCAGCUCCUCCAGGGGAAGCCGCCACCGGCAGAGGAUGACCAUGAGAGCGCCUGCACACCGUUAUCAUGUGGCUGGGAGAUGGUGGAGUCCCUCUGUGUCCCCCCAGUCUUCACCCCAGCCGGCAUCAUCUGAGCAGGGAAGGCCCACGCCAGCACCCUGCACCCACAGGGCUGCAGGCAGAGCUCAGCACAGCACAGUCCUGCUCCUCCUGCUUGUGCAGCGCUGCAUGUGCUCAGUGGGUUUGGGUGCUUUUAUAGGAGUUAUGGUAAUAAAUGGGUGUUGAGCCUG